AUUGAAAAGUAAACAAACAUUGUGCAUUUUGCGUGCUGGAGUAAAACAGUUGUAUUUUUAGAGUAUUAUUCAACGAAAAUUCACUGCAAAUGUGGAAUUAUUCGAACGAUGUCUCUGCCAGUUGGAGGAACAUCAUCGUGUUCGAGCAUCUGUCGGAUUUGUAUGGAAAACAGCAAUAAUCUCGUGUCGGUGUUCGCCAAGCUCGAGAAUGUCUUUAUCGCUCAAAUCAUCACUGAGUGCACCUCUGUUCAGAUUACAGAGAAUGAUGGCCUUCCGGAGAGUAUCUGUAAGCCAUGCAUGACGGAAUUGAAGAGAUUCCAGGAGUUUAUCGGGAAAGCUCACAAAACGGAUCGUGCUCUAAGGAGAUUGUUCAAAAGUGAAAUUAAGUUGGGAGGAAGCGAACAGAAUCCAGACCAAAAAUUAGAAAGCGAAUAUCAGUUUGCAAUGGUUCUAGCGAGCAAAUCAACGGUAGCCGAGGCCCAAGAGUCAGACAGUGAUUUAAACGAUGAUGACGAUGCUAACGAGAGCGACUGGUUGGGUCAGGAUUCAGACGGUGGGACCAAUUUUUCUCGUGUGGAAAAGCAACCGAAGGAUACCGCUGUCGAGACUGAAUCGAUGGAUGAAUCAGAGCUUGAAACAUUCAAAACUGUUGAACUAGAUCUAAAAAUGCUUUUAUGCUGUUCUUGUUUUGCUCAGUUUGAGAAUGAGGAACAAUUAAACGUUCAUAGUAAAGAAGCUCAUGGCAACAGAAUUCAUAUAAAAGCAAUCAAAAAAUACACUUGCAACUUAUGCUUGCGAGGAUAUUCUUCGGCGAUAUCCUUGAGGGCUCACAACCGAAAAAUGGAAACUGUAAAUAAAGUCUAUGAAUGCAAAAUAUGUGGCCUAAGAGUAUUGGAACAACAGAAAAAACGACAGCAUGCUCAGAGCCAUGUGAAAAAAGGGCAACCGAAACAUGACAAGCAUCAGCAGAGCGUGGAGGAACUUAUCCAACAGCAUGGUAGAUUAUGCUGUGCUCUCGGCUGUUUGGAGGCAUUUGAAACAGAUGAACAGUUGCUCGUUCAUGCCCAUUCAGUUCACAAGGCGAACAAAGUAGAAGCGACAUUGGCGUAUAACGAAGGAAAACCCGUUGAAUGUCCCAUCUGUUUCAAGCGCUUCAAAGAUGAUGAGUGUUUGAAGCGACAUCUGCUGUUUAAGUACAAACCAUCGAAAAAUAUUUGUACACUUUGUGGCGCAAGGUUUCCGAGUUUAUCCUCUCUAACAAUCCACGAGAGAAGUCACACCAAAGAGAAACCAUUCGAGUGCGAAAUUUGCUCCAAAGGAUUUGGUGACAAGCAAAGUCUAAAAAGGCAUCAUGUAAAACACACAAACGAAAAACCCUUUAUGUGUUCCAUCUGCGGGGUAUCUUUCAAACGAAAGCGAGCGAUGCAAUCCCAUAUGAUAAUCCACGAGCCGGGUCAGUUGCCGUUCAAGUGCGAAAUAUGCGAUAAACGCUUCCGCGUGAAGGCCAAAAUGCUGUACCACAUGCGAACGCACACCGGCGAGAAACCGUAUCCCUGUCGAUAUUGUGAUAAAUCGUUUGCGGAUUUCUCCAACAGAAUGAGACACGAGCUGUCUCAUACCGGUGAAAAACCCUACAGAUGUUCAUAUUGUCCAAUGGGUUUCAUCACUAGGCGAUUCUUAAUGGAACAUGAGAAAAUACACAGGCGAAAUGAAGUCAAGCCAUCUGAGACAUGUUUUCCUGAGAUUAGCUAAUGAAAGUGACCACAAAUAGUCUUCUUCAAUGUCUCAACUUUAACUUACGUGUUUUCGAGAGGCUUUAAACUCUGCAGUUCAUUCGCUUCUACCCCCGUCUCAACGUAUUUUUACUUGAAAAUAUUGUACCAGCCCAAGUCGAAAGAAAUCGGAAACUAAACCCGUAAAUCCCGGCAUAUGUGUGAUGCUAGUCAUUCUACCACGGGAACCUUGUGCUCAUAAAUCUAUGUGUUUUGUUUUUUAUGUGUUUUUGGGUGUCCAUAUGUGACAUUUAUGUUCUAAAACAGAAUGAAUUCAAAUAAAAUUUCGAUAGAUAACUGUCACAGUGAGGAUCGUAGACAAAUUGUAAAAAUUCAUAUUUGUCCCGCGUUUGAUUGAAAGUGACCAAAGUAUGGCUGUAUAAAUUAAACUAUAACUCUGUAUCGAAAUUAAUAGCGAAUGCACUGCAGAGUUUAAAGCCUCUUAAAAAUAAAGGAGAAGAAGUGUCGAAA